AUGGGCCACCUUACGUUACCUAUUCACGUCUUUUUCAUACUCCUAACUGUAUGUUACGGUCAAAAACAUUGCUGCUACCCCAACCAGUACGACCUACAUGAAUCAGAAACUGGCUGGAGCUAUGGACCAAUAGGAGGGACGUCCUCUUACACUGGAACUCGGCGUGUGGCGUACGAUUUCGUCAGCAAGAAGCUGGCGAUCGAGGAAACAACCGACUCUGGAGGCGUGCGACAGUAUUAUAAGCAGAUCUACGACUAUCCAGAGGGUGCCCAUUAUCUAAUCAUGGGGACGGACUGCUUUAAAACCAAACUGACAGGGGAGAUGAAACAACACUGUAUCCCAGGACAAGCCCAGCACCUUGGCUCGUACGUGUACGGUGGGGUAGACUCCAGUUUGUUGGUGGACUCGUUCCUGUUCCAGACGAUGGGAAACAUGACGACUCACAGGGAGGUGACCCGGGUAGGCUGUCUGCCUGUACGCGAGCUGCACACGCACCUGGAACCUACUAACAAGACGAUAACCAUGCAGUCUAUGACGUAUGAAGACGUCAUCACCACUGCACCGGACCCAAGUGUGUUCACCCCUCCUGUUCCACCCUGUCCGCCCAGGCACCAGUUCUCACAGAAUAUCCAAGACUCUCAACUCAAGCAGUGGAUCGAAAAGACGAAAAGGGAGCAGCGAAUCUCAGAUCCUCCUCACCUCUGACAGGCCUCUCAUCUGCAACUAGUGUCAGCACACCACAAGUGCACAUGAACAUUAUCAACAUCCAAGUGACAGUAUAGACUUAAAAGCGUGGGACUGUGCGUUAUAAACACAA